AAAAAAAAAAAAAGCUUCAACAUAUUAAUGGGGGAAAUAAACAUUAAGUCCAUAUCUUACCCACUAAUCAAAGUCAUCUUUAUGCUGCACAUUGGCUGAUUAUUCACAUUUUACCAUGAGAAAAUUAAGGCUCAGAGAGAUUAGGUAAUGUGUCCAAGUUCACACAGCUGGAUAGAGACAGGUCUAGGAUUCAAACCCAGCUCUGUCUUGACUCCAAAGAUCAUAUUCUGUCCCCUAUAACAUACUGCCGAGGUAAUGAGAAAAAGUCGGAGAAGCUAUGAGAAGAGCCUACCACGGAAAACUCAAAUGCCUUUAGGAGCCAAGCUGGUAGCAAAUGCUCGAAGGUAAUGAUGAUGUUUAUUCUAUUCCUAUCCUAAUUAUAUUUCCUUUUACCACAGUGCAGAGACAGGGCAAAAUGACCAAAUCAAAGAUGGGCUGGCAGCUUUGAACAAAUUUAUAGACCUGGUGUUGAUGUGUCAGUUAAGGGAAGGACCAAAUAAUAUUUGAGAUGAGGCAGUCUCAGUGAGGUGAAGGGAGCUUAAUCCCAAGUACCACAAGGUGGGGAACAAAGAUAUUAAGGAAGCUCAGAGUGUGAGUGCAGACUAUUUCAAAAAGUUUGACUGGGAAGGAAAAGAAAGGAAAAUAACUAGAGAGGGUGUAGGAUAGAGGGGAAAUAUUAAUAUGGGAAGGACUUGGGAUUGACCUUCCUCAAGACAAGAUUUCGCAAUGGUGUGGUUAUGAGGAAGAGGAAGGGGGCAAAUUACCCAAAGGGAUAACUUGCUGAUGAAAAGAGUUCUAAGGCUAGGUGGGGGCAAGGUGGUGCAGAUGACUCUGAAAAGGUAGUUGAGUGCCUGAGAGCCUCAAAUGCCAUGCCAAGGCAUCUCAGCAAGAGACGGGUCAUGUUAGAAAUUAAUAGGACCCAAAGAAAAAGAUCUGGGAACAAAGGCCUGUUUCAGGUCUGCCAGUAUCUGGGAAAAAAAAAAAAAAUGAUGAGUAGGUUUUAGAAGUAUUGAGAUUUACAGGAACAACUGUUCAUCAAAGUGAAAAUAUACAGUGGGUGGCCAGGUGAUCCUGGAGCUCAAGAUGGAGGUGAAGAAGAGGAUCACUGCCCUGAAAGGAGAGAAAUGUUUAGGAGGCCUGCUUUACAGGGUGGAGAGAACUUCCGAGUUGAAGCAGACAGGAACAGGCCUGGCUUGCUCCACGGAGUACGAAACCAGGUGGGUCGCCGCUUCAGAUGGACUUCAGGGAGGAAAUGCAAAUGAGUUGAGGGUAUCGGUUUCUUCCCCACUUAAAAGAAAAACCAGCAACUGAUUCACUGAGUGCUUUCGUGGUGUUUUCCACGAUCUCACAAACCUGCCCCAAGUCGCACAAGGAGAGCCGGGGGCCGACUGCAACCCCGGUCGGUUCGACCCGAGUCUGCUCGCGAGACGCUUUGCUGGGGGCUCUCCUCGGUCAUCGGCCGGCAAGCCGGGAGGGGUGAAGCACGUCCAGAGCGAGCGGUGCUGGCCGAACCCGCCUCGACCCUGCUGCGUCCAGCGCCCCAACCACCGCAGCUUAAGAAAAUCAAAACCAGCGCUCCCCAAAGCAGGCCAACUUCCCUCCGGCGUCCGGGCUCCGGCCAAUCCCCAGGGCGGUCCCCGCCGCUCUACCCAAUGAGCGCCCACCCUCAGGGUACCUCCCACCAAGCUGUCUUCUGAUUGGCUCGCUCUUCCCGUCCGCGGCGUCGUCUUGGCAACCUGGCUACUGGACGCAGAGGGGCCUCCAGGCCACUGUCUACAGAGCCCCAGGCUCCUCACCUGCCCUGCUGCUUUCCAGCACCAUGUCGGUGCGGACGCUACCUCUGCUUUUUUUGAACUUGGGCGGGGAGAUGCUUUACAUCCUGGACCAGCGGCUGCGGGCCCAGAACAUCCCCGGAGACAAAGCCCGCAAAGAUGAAUGGACAGAGGUGGACAGAAAACGAGUACUGAAUGACAUCAUUUCAACCAUGUUCAACAGAAAGUUUAUGGAGGAAUUAUUCAAACCCCAAGAGCUCUACUCCAAGAAGGCCCUAAGAACCGUCUACAACCGCCUGGCUCAUGCCUCCAUUAUGAGACUGAACCAGGCCAGCAUGGAUAAGCUCUAUGACCUGAUGACUAUGGCUUUCAAGUAUCAAGUACUACUGUGUCCCCGUCCCAAGGAUGUGCUGCUGGUCACUUUCAAUCAUUUAGAUGCCAUCAAGGGAUUUAUCCAAGACUCCCCAACCAUCCUGCAGCAAGUGGAUGAGACUUUCCGGCAGCUGACAGAAACAUACGGGACUCUCUCUGCUGGGGAGUUCCAACUGAUCCGGCAGACGCUCCUCAUCUUCUUCCAAGACCUGCACAUCAGAGUGUCCAUAUUUCUAAAGGACAAAGUUCAAAAUUCUAAUGGUCGCUUUGUGUUGCCAGUGUCUGGACCUGUUCCCUGGGGAACUGAAGUUCCUGGACUCAUCAGAAUGUUCAACAACAAAGGUGAAGAAGUGAAGAAGACAGAAUUCAAGCAUGGUGGAAACUAUGUCUCUGCACCCAAAGAAGCUUCUUUUGAACUUUAUGGAGAUCGAGUCUUGAAACUGGGAACUAACAUGUACAGUGUAAACCGGCCUGUGGAAACCCAUAUGUCUGGAGCAUCAAAGAACUUAACCUCACAGACACAGGAAAACAUCGUUCCAAAUCCUCUUGCUAAAGAAGAGCUGAAUUUCCUGGCCAGGCUGAUGGGAGGGAUGGAGAUCAAGAAACCCAGUGGCCCAGAGCCAGGAUUCCGACUGAAUCUCUUUACCACUGAUGAAGAGGAGGAACACGCAGCACUAUCCAGGCCCGAAGAGUUAUCCUAUGAAAUUAUCAACAUACAAGCUAUGCAGACUGUAACUAAAGUCCCCAUUCUGACAAACAGCUGGGCAACUGAAAUGCAUACCAAUGGUGGGACCAAGAAGACCAGCAACGAAAGGAAGAGCUGGCUCGGAUCAUGGGAGAGUUUGAGAUCGCAGAGCAGCCACGGCAGAGCUCCAGCAAAGGGGAUGACUUGCUUGCCAUGAUGGACGAGUUAUAGGGGUGCUGAUCAGGUGCGGCCCUCCCUCCUCCUCGGCGGAGGGCUGCCUGAUGAAGACCCCUGGGAAAGAAGGCUCCAGAGUCCAAAAUGAUGCUGCUAGUUUCCCACUGCAGGAGGCUGUUACCUGUAGUUCCUGUUUACGUUGUAACGGGCUGCGCAGGUCUCCCUAAAGGGAGCAGCACCCCUCCUGAAGGCACACGCAUACACAUAUCUCCAGAAAAAUAUAUUUGUGAAUUGAAACCAGACCUUUCCCAUUUAUUUCUGAUUCUGUGGCAACCAUGCAAAGCAUCCUGGGCCAGAGGUUGAAGCCCAGAGUCAGUAAGGGGUCAUUCCUGUGAUCAUUUUCAGGUUUAUGACUUCACCUCUCCUGUAGGAACCAACAUCUCACAGAUGCUUAAGUCAUAACAAAAAUGUCAGCAUUUUCUGGGAUGUAGAUGGAUUGAAAUAAGAAGAAAAAGCAGUUGCCUUAAUUCAUGGGGCCCAGUUUAGACAGCCUUCCUCACCUGGUAUUUUAGUCAGCUUUUUGCUGCUGUGACUAAAUGAUCUGACCAGCACAAUUAUAGAGGAGGAAAGGUUUAUUUGAGGGCUCACAGUUUCAGA